AUGGGGUCGCAGGUGUUUGCGUACGGCGUCACGGGGAGCGGCAAGACCCACACCAUGAUGGGGGACAGCGCCGGCGACGAAGGGCUGGUGCAGCGGACGGUCAAGGCGCUGUUCGAGGAGACCAGGAGGCGCACCGACAGGGUGUGGACCGUGAAGCUCUCCAUGAUGCAGGUGUACAACGAGAACCUCCAGGACCUCAUUGGCAGCAGGGCCAGUGACGGCGGCCUGGUGAUCUUGGACGACAAAAUCCCGGGGCUGGCAGAGGCGGAGAUGACUAACGCCGACGAGACCAUCAUGAUGAUCUACAAGGGCAACGACAAGCGCAAG